UUGUCAGAUCUGACGGUGAAGAAACGUGUUAUUUUGUGGAAUAGUAAUUUGUAAGAACUAAAUUAUCGUAGUUUUGGAGUUAGAAUUAAAUUUUGGUGUUAUUAUUAUCAUCGAAAAAUCUAUAUUAUUUUGUAUGAUCCAGCUAGACCUAUAAAAAAACUAAACGAUGAAAAACACUCGUGAUUUAAUUCACUUUAUUUUUCUUCGAUGAAAUAAUCAAGAAGAGAUGGAAAUACAACGUUGAGUAACUUUGGGAGCAUAAGUAAAUGCUCUUAAAGCCGACAAUAGGUGCAUAAAAAUUCAAGAAAUACCCUCUCGUCUAAAGUUCCUCUAAAGGAAGGGAAUGAGUUGCCUAAUUAGGAGUAUUAUUGUCUAAUCUCAGUCACUAUAACCAUGCCUGCCGAAACAAUAGGGGACACGAAGACCAUACCGGGAGGUCUCCGGUUCGUGUUCGGAGGCCUCAGUGGCAUGUGUGCUACGAGUGUAGUCCAACCCAUGGAUCUAGUAAAAACCCGUAUGCAGCUCCUGGGCACGGCUGGCAAGAAUGUCACCAUGAUAUCCAUGACCAGAGAGGUGGUCAGCAGCCAGGGCGCUGGCGGCCUCUACGUCGGUCUGUCAGCCGCGCUGUUCCGACAAGCUACUUACACUACGGGCCGGCUUGGCUGCUUCACCUACAUCACUGAUAUCUAUACUGCUAACUAUGGCGUGCCGAAUUUCGGCGUGAAGCUGGCAAUCGGCGUGGUCGCCGGUAGCGUGGGCGCGCUUGUUGGCAAUCCCGCUGAGGUGGCACUCGUGAGAAUGACUGCUGAUGGGCGCCUGCCGUUUGAACAGCGAAGGAAUUACACUAAUGUGUUCAAUGCCCUUAGCAGGAUGAUCAAGGAGGAGGGUCUCUUGACCCUUAUGCGCGGUACUUCAGCCACUGCUGCGCGCGCCGCCGUGCUCAACGCUGCGCAGCUGGGCACUUAUGCACAGGCCCGCGAAGCGCUACUACCUAAAAUGGGGGACGGCAUUCCCCUCCAUUUUUGCGCAUCCAUGAUAGCCGGCUUUCUUGCAACGAGCGCGUCUCUGCCGUUUGACAAAGUCAAGACGAAAGUCCAGAACGCAGCGCAGGGCGGUUCAAGAGCCAGCAUGAUUGGCGUUAUCCUAAGCGUCAUAAAGAAGGAAGGCCCUCUAGGUCUCUGGAGCGGGUUCCUACCUACUUACUUCAAGAUCGGACCCCACACUGUGCUCACGCUGAUUGCAUUGGAGCAGAUCAACGCUUUCUACUUAAGUUUAGCCUAAAUACACGCCUGUAGAGGUUAUGAUGCACCUAACUAGCUCAAGUCAUGCAAUAUUCGCAUAAAUUGAAUGAUCUACAGUACACAAGUGUGUUAACGGCACCAAUCAUGGAACAUUUAAGAGAAAAAUUCGAGUAUUUUUGAUAUUUCACUCUGACAGCUGUAAAAUUCCUACCGCUUUAUGCUUUAAAAGUUGAAUAUCCAAUUCGUCCAUAGAGGACGAAUUGGACAUUUUCUAUCCUAUUUAAUGAAAGCUAAUGCAAUUGAUUUCAAUAUUAUUAACCAAUUAAAACUAUGGUUUUUUGCUCCAGUUAUGGGACGUAUGGCGUCAUUAGUUUUCAAACUAACAAAUAUCCAUGAAACAUUAAACUUAAGCAGCUCUUUGGCUCUUGGUUAUGGUAAAAUGUUGUAAGCGUUUAUAAACUGAUGGUAAAUACUUGUUUUACAGGUUUGUCUAUACCAUCCCAUUACUGGUGCCUGUUUCAUUAUAGGGGUGUUUACUAUAUGUGUGCGCGCUGACAGCGCAUCCACUAUAUCUGAAUGCGCCUGUAGCACAAUUUCUAGAUUGGCCGAUUGUAUGUUGCCAUGGUUACUUAGAUUAAAGUAGCGUGGGUAUAGUUUUGUGUGGAGUAAAACGUAGUGAUUAUUAUGCUCUUUGGUGUGGAGCACGUCAACUAUAGCUGAGCAAGGAAUGCUGGGCUAUAACCGCGAAAAUCGAAGUUCGUCAAUAGGGAAUAUUACGCGAAACUCUGCGUAGGAGGCGCCACUACCACAAUCCAUCACAAUCUGACGGUCUACCGUGAAACAAGAAAAACGAAAUUUCGUUAUUUAACCUCUCUAUCAAUCUUGCAUAUUCGAGCGAUUAAGCGCGAUAACUAAAUUUCGAUUUUCGCGUUUCCCGAUAGGCCCCUUGUAAACAAACCGCCUUGAUCCAUAAAAUGUCAUAUUUUAUUAUCUGUGAAAACUUGUCAAAAAACAGUUUAAGGCACAGUAUGAAUAAGUUACUCUAUGGUUUAUGAAAGGUGCUAGUGUUGCACUCUGGCGGCAGAACAUUGCAGUAAUACUCCCUAUUGCGGGCAUUUUUCUCUGUCAGUCUAAUUACGUCUUAAUGAGAGUAAAAGAGAAAGAUCCCCGCAAUCUGCGAAUUUCGGUUUUCGCGGUAAACGAGUGUUUUAUCUUAUAAAUAUAUAAAAUUUACCAUAGUACCUACUUUAUAUUUUAAACUUAAAGUACGUUUUGUAUGGUGCGAUGACUGCCUUUUGAUCUUUGAUUUUAUUUUUAUUUUUUGAUUUGUGUUAUGUCAUUUAGGGUAAACGAUAACACUAUUAGGAAUUCAAUAACUACAAAUAGUCUAAUAUGUUUUUCAAUAAUGUGUGUUGUGUAUUGUACAUAAUUUAUUCUAAUAAGACAGAUAAUUAAUUAUUUAUGUCACGGAUUCUGAGUCUUUCGCUUUGCUCCGAGUGCAAUGUUACGUCACUCUUAAUCUAAUAUGUUAGAAUUGUUUGUUGUAUGUUUUUGCACGCAUUGUUGUAGAUAUUUAAAACGUAUGUUUUGAGAAUAGAUUACUUGAUUUAUUUAAAUACUCAGUAUGAAAGAGUAAAACAAUUACAACAUGUUAUACCUGCCUGCGUCAUACUAUUAUUUCGAACGAUUUCAAAAAACCAUGUUUCAAAUAAUAUAGGUAAAUGAUAAAGAACAAAUGAUUUAUUAAAUUUUCAUUUUAAAAAUUU